AACCUGUUCUAUUCUGGUGAGCUCAAUAUCUGUAGAACAAGUCCAAUAAGGGCUUUCCAACAACAUGCCACGUCAACCUUCAUUUGGCUUCAGUAUCACCUUCGUGAUCCUGGCCCUGGUCCACGGGGGACUGGCUCAGGAUCUGCGGAACGUGACUGAGCCCAAGAACCCUGAGACCUGCAUCUCCCUGAAGGCUAGCGGCGGAGACGACACAGAAGCCAUCCAGAACGCCCUCAACAACUGCACCCAGGGGAAGGCCGUGACUCUCUCCUCAGGUAACUUCAAUGCCGGGCACUUCAAGAUACCAUCCGGCGUGAGCCUUCUCGUGGACAGCAACGUGACCUUGAAGGCCAUACCUAAUCCGAGAAAAUACGGUCCUCAUACUUGUGGGACUCUGAACAGCGUUGGUGGUGGAUGCCGGCCUUUCAUCGAGAUAACUUCAGCCAAGGGAAGCGGCAUCUACGGCAAGGGCACAAUCGACGGUCAGGGCGACCAGAAACUGACCGGCAGAAACGACACGUGGUACGAUAUGAUAAUAGAGUCGAAUUCGACGAACCACCACAACAAUCCGAUACUCAUAAAGAUCAAGAACUCCGAAGACAUAACCCUGUACCAGAUCACGUUGAGGAACUCCCCCAGCUACCAUGUGACGGCCAGCAGCACGUUCGGGUUCACGGUGUGGGGCGUGACCAUCGAGGCCCCGGCGAGCGUGGGCAACACGGACGCCAUCGACCCGAUGGGCUGCCAGAACGUGACGAUCGCCCAUUGCAACAUCAGUGUCGGCGACGACAACGUGGCGGUCUCCGGAGAGCACGCCCCGGCGCGACACAUCUCCAUCCUGAGCAACUACUUCGGCUCAGGGAACGGCAUGUCCAUCGGCAGCGGCACCCGCAAGGGGGUCAGCGACGUGCUGGUCUCCGGGAUGACGCUGAGCAAGACCAUCAACGGACUGCACAUAAAGACCGGGCGCUCCGGCGGCGGCCUGGUCACCCGCGUCCGCUACGACGACAUCUGCGUGUAUGGGGCGGUGAAGCCCAUCGACUUCGACAUGAACUACUUCGGCAAGUCCUUUUCUCGCGACGCCGAGUUCCUCGACAUCAGCUUGAACAACGUGAGGAUGGUCACCAAGGGAUGGUUCAAGUUCCACGGCAGCCCCUCCCACCCGAUGAUGAUCACGGUCAACGACACGCACAUCGCCAAAGGCUCAAAGUGGCAAGCGCACGACGUCAACAUAACAGGAACUUUUUUGGUUGACGCUAAGGGUCACUGUGGGCGGGCAGGCAACAAAAUUUAGAGUACAUCACGUCUAUAAGCAGCCAUGUUAACACUAUAUCCGAAUCAAUCGCUGAAACAAGCAAUCUGAUGACGUUAUUUACUCCCACAAUUGCAGUUUGUUACUUUUUAAAACCAUACAACUUUAUUGAAUGUUAUAUAUGGAUAUUAUUUUUUUUUUUUUAGAUUUCAUUCAAGCGGUUGUGAUUUAAUACCACAUAAUUUAUAUUUUAUUGGGAUGACUAAUAUGAUAUUUAUACUAAAAUUUAAAGAUGUAGUAUUUGAGAUAUAUGUAUAAUUUAUUUUAUUCAACUUAAUUACAAACAGAAAAUGAAAUUAAUAGGUCCAGCAUGCUGUAUACAUAUUAUUACUACUUUGAAAAUGUUAAAAUUAACAGUGGCUGCAGCAUUAUAAUAUUAUACAUCAGUCAUAUGUUUGAGAUCGGGUGCAUUUUAUGAUAAUAUUUAUUAUAAUGAACAUUAAUGAUCAAAAUAUGGAACUUAAAGUGGAUGAACAAUUUUGAAAACAAAUAUGGGGAUGUUAAAACUGUUAUUAACUAAAUGUAGGCUAAAAUAAAACAAUAGUGAAUGAUUA